AAACGUAAGGAGGGGGAGAAGGGGACGGAGAGCCGCCGCUGCUUCACCGGGAGAGCGGCGAUGCCCUGCGCCACAGCGCCGGACAAAACUUUCCCCGAAGUGGCCAGAAACUCGUGCGGAGAAACGGCAGCUGACGGGAGCAGUCUGGCUGUCCCCGGCACCAUGCAGCGGGGCGGCUCAGAUACGUGUCUGGAACUGGAUGGUGAGGGGUCUGUGCGAGACGCGGGUCGCGGACGCCUGGGGCUGGAGGGGCUGCAGCAGAAGAUACUGAAGGUGACAGAGCAGCUGCGGAUCGAGCAGGCCCUGCGCGACGAGAACGUGGCCGAGUACCUGAAGCUGAUCAACAGUGCCGACAAGCAGCAGAGCGGGCGCAUCAAACAGGUGUUCGAGAAGAAGAACCAGAAAUCAGCUCAAACCAUCGCUCAUCUGCAGCGCAAACUCGAGCAGUACCACCGCAAGAUCAAAGAGUGUGAUGUCACUUCCUCCUCCAAUGGGACCAAACACACGCAUACACAUAGCAAAGAUGCAAAGGAAACGUCCAAGGACAGCUUGAAAGAGUGCAAGGAAGCAGCAGUCAGGGGCAGUGGACGUCACCCACAGCUAGACAAGGUGAAGACCAUCGGCCCGGGUGUUUCUCUCACGCCGCCUUUCUUUUUCAACAAGUCCCGUGGCUUUGCCAACCUCAUCCGCAACAAGUUUGGCAGCGCUGACAACAUUGCCCACCUGAAGAGCUCCAUGGAGACAGGGGGCGGGCUGCAGGCGGAGGGGGCAGGACGGGUGCUGAGUGGCAGUGCUACGCUAACCAGCAAACCCAAAUACCCGAGCGAUGAUGAGUGCUCCACGGGCACGUCCGUGUCUGCGGAGAGCAAUGGGCACAACUCGGCACUAGGGGCCACACACAUUGAGGCGGUGUCAGGGGAAAGCUCCAGCAGGCUGGCCGAGGCCCUGGAGGAGGUGCGUGAGGUCAGGGAGGCGCAGACUCACCUGGCAGAGGACAUAGAGAGCCUGAGGAGCCAGAUAAAGCGCAACUAUGGCUUUAUCUCACAGAUGCUUCAGGAGGAGAGAUACAGAUGUGAACGGCUGGAGGAUCAGCUGAAUGAUCUGACCGAGCUGCAUCAGAAUGAGACGGCCAACCUGAAGCAGGAGCUGGCCAGCAUUGAGGAGAAAGUAGCCUACCAGGCCUACGAACGAGCCCGCGACAUACAGGAGGCACUGGAGGUGUGUCAGACGCGGAUCAGUAAGCUGGAGCUGCAACAGCAACAGCAGCAGUUAGUGCAGCUGGAGAGCGCCGAUGCCAAAGUGCUGCUGGGAAAGUGCAUCAACAUCAUGCUGGCCAUCGCCACAGUAAUCCUGGUGUGCGUCUCCACGGCAGCCAAGUUCACGGCGCCAUUGCUACGGAGCCGGCUGCAUGUGCUCGGGACCUUUGUGUGUGUGUGUGUGCUCGCGCUGGGCUGGAGCCACUGGGAGCACGUACAGUGUGCAGCAGAGAGGAUGUUCCUGCCCAGCUGAGGAACUUAACGCCUGUGUGUAUAUGUGUGCGUAUGUGUGUGUUUGUGUGUGUGUGUGCGUGUGUGCGUGCGCGUGCGUGCGUGCGUGCGUGUGUGUGUGUGUGUGUGUAAUCGUACACUGAAAAAGUGCUGAAUUGAACUGACUUGAUUGAUCAGUUCCACAUGAAUAAAAUAUAUUACGUCUGCAUAGUUUUAGUCCUUCAGUUUAGUUCUGGCGUAAUAUAUAUUAUUCAUGUAGAAAUUAUGUACACAUUAAAAUCAAGUAAAUUCAAUACAUCUCUGUUUUUCAGUGUAAUACUGACACUGGAAUUGCAGUUCCAUCCUGGACUCUUCGUUACAGUCGGGCAUUUGCAAUGAGGAACUGUUCUGUGAAUUCUGGCUUUAAAGGAACUCUUUUGUGUGUGUUUUUGUGUGUUCAGACCAUAAUGACCUUUAAUAACGACACUGGGAUUCCAGUUUGUCCUGGACUCAUCACUACAGUUGGAGAUUUACUACUAUUAACUGUUCCCUGAAUUAUGGCUUUAAAAAACUCUUUUUCUGUGUGCUUUUGUGUUGGUCUACUUCUCUGCUCCAGCAGAUACGGGUCCAUCUCUGUAACUGUACUGUAAUGGGUCCAUCUCUGUAACUGUAUUGUAAUGGGUCCAUCUCUGUUACUGUAUUAGCUGUUUUGACCUGAUUCACUAUACUGUAUUUUCUAAGGGUGCACCAUGUAGCAGCGGCUAAUAUUUUGUUCGCUAAUGAAUGGAAAAAUGGAAUUAUUAUUCUUGGUCCGAGAGUUAUAACUGAUAAUUUAGCGCCGUAUUCUUACUGUCCUGUUUAUUUUUAAACUCAUAACAGUACAAAAAAAUGGGUUCUCUAGUAAAGGCAAUGGUUAUAUAUAAAUCCCUGUAAACACUAAAAACAAUUUGAAUGAAAUGCCUUCCAUCUAUAAGGAAAGCCUGUUGUAUAUGGUUCUGUUAGGAACCUUUUUUCAAAAAUUGUUCUGAAUAGUGCCCAAAAGGGUUCCUCCAUUGUCGUAGAACAUUUUCUGGUACAAUAUAGGUGAAUGAGAAUGUCUGCUACAUACAUUACCACCAAACAUUUUGACAUUAUUAUUACUAUUAUUAUUUUUCCACAUUUUAGUAUAAUAAUACAUCAAACUGUGAAAUUCAUAUGGCAGAAUUAUUGACCUAUAUCUACUGUACAAGACCCCGCCCUCCUUCCUCACAACACAGCUGAUUAGGUGAAAUGCAGUAACAAGAGUAGACAUUCCACAAAUUGAUUUUUAACAAGAAAUACAUAGUAAUCAGCAUGACGUAAUGAUUGUGAUUCCAUGUAGUUACAUUUUCCAACACUAAAUUUUGCUAAAUGAAAAUUGCUUAAAAAUAUUUAGAGUUCAUUUUCAACACGUACAUUUGACAUAAAUUCAUACAUAGGCAUCUAUUUGAAUGUUUACAAUUCUUUUUGAAGCACCUUUGAAACUUAAGCAUAAGCUAUUCGAUCAGGAUGUCUUGAAGAUUAUGAAAAACAUGCAAACAGGUGCGUCCAAACUUCUGACUGGUACCAUGAGUAAUUCUGAACCAUAACUGAAAUCGUCCAAAACAAAGUGUUAAAUAUUGCUUAUUAUUAUCUGUCCCAAAAUUCCAUAUCGGUGCAUCCCUGCUAUCUCCAGAGUCUCCCUAAUAUGUACUUACUUUGAGCUUUGUGUGCUUUGGCAGAGUAAACACAACAUUUGGCUGUAACAGUCUGAGUUCAGGCAUGCCAGAAAUGUUUGUGUUAAUACGGCCUACUUUUCCUGAAGAGUGGGAGUAGUGUGAAGCUCAGCACACACAGCUUAACAUAUGCACACACACUCGCCCUCUGAAACGCACACGGAAGGCGGAGCAGUGUUUGUGGAGUGAACUCUUGUGAAAAUGAAAUAUAUUGUUAUAUGUUGACAGAAUAUUCCAAAAUAUUAAUGGGAUAUAUUGUAAUAUAUUUUCAAUGUAUUACAUUUUUUGUAUGGGGCAGCUUUGGAACGAUUUCCACUGUGCAGAAAAAAAUGAACUUGCUUUUAAUUAUUGUUUGUCAGAGUUUGUGGUGGGGUUGCCUUUCUAAACGAGCAAGUGAAGUAAGCUAAGCUAUAUGUAAUGAACUUCUGGACUGUUUUAAAUGAAGGCUGAAAUAACUAUUUUUGUACCUUUUUGAGUCUCUAUUCAGAAACUAUGUUGGAGCUACAGCAAAUACAGUGAUCUCCACCGACCAUCUAA